AGAUUAUUGACCUGCCGAGCAGAUUCAUUGAAUCGGGGGAGCCGUGUUCACCCUGUUCUUUAUACUUUUGAACUCUCACUUCUAAAAUGCUCACGCAUUUUGUGGUUCUCUUCUCAGUCAUUUUGUGUAAACCGGGCCCGUUGAACAAAUUUUUUUUUAUCUACCUUGCAUACUACUUUUUUGGAUAUUGGUUCUUCCUAUUUUAUGUAGUAUCAAACUGUCCGAGAGGUUGAUUACAAGCAACAUGUUCAAAAUUAAACUCUUACGAGGCUUACUUUACGAUAUUGAGCCUAACUUUAUUGAAAAGUGACUCUACGGAACAGAGGUAAAUUUUGUCAAUUUGUUUUAGUCAGAUCUCUCAAAUUUCUUUGAGACCCUAUAGCCAAGCAGCCACUUUGAAACUUAACUAAUUUCGAACUGCUUGCCAGCAGUUCUCUAUUUCCAGAGCGUCUGGAAAAGCAAUUGCGAUCCAAUUGUACGCAAUACCCUGUCGAAUAAUGUACCGUUCGUAGAUGUUGAAUAAAGGUCGCGUUAUGCUCGUAAGUACUUAAAGAAAAAGAACAGUUAAAAAAUAGAAACACAAAAAGGACGUACGUAUUACAUACCAUUGAUUCUACUUAACAUAUUAAGUUACUUGGUUAUAAGUAUUGCAUACAUAUUACAUAUAAGAAAAUACAGACCUUGGUAGAAAUUGAAUUUGAAUUUGGGAAUUUAUUAAUUUAUUGGGAAAUUUAUUACUUAUUGUAUGUCAUUGCAUGUAGUGUAUUCUGUUCAUUUUUCACACAUCUGAUUUCACAUUAUAAAUUACUUGGUUAAAGGCAUUAUUUUUGGUCCAAUUUUAGUUUCAUUUUUAUCUUGAUAUAUUUAUUUUCACCAAUUAAGUGGGUUUACGUUUAUGCAAUACGUAUUUUAAGUACUUACCCAUUAGUUGAUAAAUUCCACACAUAAGCAUUUCUAUCAGGGCACAUGCAUUCAUUAUGUUGACUUUGCUUGGGAGAAAUACAUCGGAUUAUCGUCUUGGCUGCUCUGCCUAAGUUUGCAGAGUCGAAUUUGUCCAAUAUCCCAAGACCCAACGUGUGUCAAACAAACCUGUUUCGUGCGUUUUUUGGUGAGUAGACCAACCUCGUAACAGAAAAGAUUAUAACAUGACAGAGAUAAUCAGUAUACAACUUUUCCUUGCACAUCCAUUGAGCCUGGAGAAAAAGAGAGAGAAUAUGAGGCUAAAAAAUUCUGUGAGUAUGAGUGUUUGAAGAAAGAGAGAGAUAUAUCUUUUUUUUUAUUUUGCUCGCAGAAGCGUGUGAGAAGAAAGCACUGUCUGUAAGUAAGCUAUCGUGAAUUGCCAAAAAUUGUCUAACUUCAUUUGGGUUAUCCAGCUUGAGAGGACAUUUUGCCGAUUAUAUAGAUUACUAUAUAGUACUUUACUAUUAUUCCCUUAACAAAACUAGUCAAAUUAAUGAAGUUUUUAUACAAAUAAUCAUUCAAUCAAUUGUACAUUAAUGUAUAACGAUUUUCAAUAUUAUAUCUUAAAUCUAGAAAAUAUCAAUCCUGCAAAAAUAACUUUAUUGAUUGAAUUUUUUCAAAGUUCUUGAAAUACAAAUUUUAAUAUAUUGGAAAGCCCAAGUUAAGAUAACUUUAAGGUGGAAAUAUUUGUGUCUUGUGAAUAUGUAUUAUAUUAAAAGUUUAAUAGGAUUUUUCUAUAUUCAAUGCUUUACUUACAAUUUCACCAUACAGCAGUAUUUCAAAUUUGCAAUUAAUUCCAAAAACUGAAUCAAACUCAAAUUUGCAUGGCCCGUGUAACACUAUUCAACAAAAUUUGGUAGAGCUACAAAAACAAACUAAUUAAUUCUUUACUCUUCUCUCUCUUUUUUUUAAUUUUUUUAUUUCUACAUUUUCUACUCGUCAUUAUAUUUCGUGAUUGUGAAAAUAAAAAAAAGAAACUUUGGCAAUUUGCGAAAAAAUUAAACGUCAAAGUAGACAAGCACACAAAAAGGGAAUAUGGCUCGAUGGAAUAAACAGCAGAGGUGUGUCUCAUCAUUACCGUAGAAGCGAUCAUUACAGACUAAAUUAAUGCCGAACUAAAUCUUUUUUUUUAAAUGUUACUGUAAGGUCUGGCAUAGUUAAAUUAACUAAAUAUGUAAAAGGUUGUGUGCUGAUUGUAGCAUCGUUGUUCAACGCAAUGUCGGGCGAAGAGGUGUUGCCAGUCUGUAAGUGAAAUCAACAAAAUAUCUAUCUAUAGAACGUUUAUUAUUGUACUUUUAUUUUAAUUUUACUGUUACAUAAUAUUAUGAUACUUUCUGUAUCUACAUUACACGAAACUUGACGAGUUCUCUCUUCAAUAAAAACAGUGAAACAGAACAUAGGAUUAAACAAAUUUUUCUGUACUCUAUCAAUGACAGAAACACAGAAUUUUUUUUACGACAUUAGCCGAAAGCUCCUAUUUCUGUAGGUGCAAUCUCAAUGUAUACUUAAGUCCAACCGGUACCAGAGCAACCGCAGCCUUUGAGCUCUACGUAGACAUAGUUAAUCUGUGUGGAAGACUUAAGCCGAAGACACAUGGCCUUUGUAAGUCUGAAUAUAAAAAGAAACUUAUAUUAAACGGAAACCAAAAAAUAGUAUUAAAAACAGGAAUACUAAGAUGACCAUAAAAUGCUAGUUAAUAACGUACGAAUAAGGGUUUUUUUAUCCAAAACAUCAUACAUUAAGUCUUUCAAGUUCAAAAGAGUACUAUUCAUAUAUUUCAAUAACAUUGAUCAUUCAAGCAACCUUGAAUAAUACUUCAUUUGCACUUGAGAAGGCUGCAUUAAAAGCGAAUAAUUUAAAAAUUUAAAAUGAAACUCGAAAAGCGUAGAACCCAUUUAAUUCAUGAAUGAUUGCAAAAAAUGUUAUUUGUGGGUGGGUGUAUGCAACAAUUUAUCCAACUGGACAUAAAAAAGCAAAGAGGAUUACAUAGACGAAUAUAACGCGUUCGAGAUCUGCGGGUCGAUCUCAUCUAGAACUUUUCCGUCGAUCACUCUUAAUAAAUAAUGAAUAUUUGUAAAUCGCAGCGCAUGGACCUGGGAGAAUGCCCCCAGAUUCACGACUUGGCCCUGCGGGCUGACUUUGAGGCUGCACAGAAGAAGAAGGAUCACUUCUAUGACAUUGAUGCAAUGGAGCACCUGCAGAGCUUCAUAGCAGACUGUGACCGCCGUACAGAGCAGGCCAAGCAGCGUCUAGCAGAGACACAGGAGGAGCUAAGUGCCGAGGUGGCUGCCAAGGCAAAUAACGUGCACGUGUUGGCUGAGGAGAUAGGAAAGAAACUGGCCAAAGCCGAGCAGCUGGGCGAGGAGGGUUUCGUGGAGGAGUCGAUGAAGCUCAUGGGUGAAAUCGACGAGCUGCGCAAGAAGAAGAACGAGGCCGAGCAGGAGUACCGCAACAGCAUGCCCGCAUCCUCGUACCAACAGCAAAAGCUCCGUGUCUGCGAAGUCUGCAGCGCCUACCUGGGUAUUCACGAUAACGACCGUCGUCUGGCCGAUCAUUUCGGCGGAAAACUGCAUCUGGGCUUCAUCAAGAUUCGUGAAAAGCUUGCUGAUUUGGCCAAGACAGUCGAGGAUCGCAGGAAGGAGCGCCGUGACGUGAUGAUGGAAAGAGACAGGGGUGGAAGCAGGCAGAGAAGCAGGAGCAGAGAAAGGGAAAGGAGCAGAAGUAGAGACAGGGCUAGGGGUUACAGAGACAGGCCCAGAGAUAGAGAAAGGGAAAGAGAUAGGGAUAGGGAGAGGGAAAGGGAUAGGGACAGGGAAAGGGAGCGCAGGGACAGAGAUAGAAGGAGGUCCAGAUCCAGAAGCCGCAGCCGAGGAAAGAGAUCGAGACGUUCGCGCAGUGGCAGUCGCGGCAGAAGGUCUCGCUCGCGUCGCAGUGGCUCCACUGACCGCAAGAGAUAAAGGACGACGUCCUUGGCUUGUAUCAUCGGCUAUUACAAAAAAAAAAUACGUCAAGAAAAUUUUAACUUCAAGCAAGAGGCACACGAACGAGAAUAAGGAUAGAAGAGAACACCAUUUUUGAUUGUAAAUUUUAAUAACGCCCUUAUUGUGUCUUCAUACAUGUGUCGAUAUAACAGAAUUCCUUUUUCGGUCAUUAACAAAUAGCGAAUAGAUGGCGGCUAUCAGAGAAUUUCUUUUUUUCAGCUCUUGAUUUCUGCAACAACCUCACACAGAUACUGAAACGCGUAUGUAAGUCAUACAUUAUGCCUAUACCUAAUAUUAAUUAAAGAGAUUAUCUCUUUUUUAUUGAUUGAUUAUUAUUGAAAUUGAAAUGUUCACGUGUACAUAAGAACGUAGUUGAUUUUUCUCUAUUUGGAAGAGUUCUUGCAUAUUUAUAAUAACUAGUUACUUUUAAACUUAAGGAUUGUAUAACGAUUGUAGAGGAAUGAGAAAUAAAUAAAGACACGUUUCAAAAUCA